GCGGCCGAAGGCGGGGCCGGAUCCAGGCCAGCGAUUGGCCGGUGUUCAGAGGCGGGGUCUGAUCCAGGCCUGCGAUUGGCCGGAGGCCGGCCGUGGCGGCGGGAGCGGCGUGGUGAUGGAGACCGCGGGGCCUAGGACCCGGGCGGCUGCGCGGCUUGGGGCGCACGCGACGCGGGAGGAGCAGCGGAAGCGGCGGCCUGUGCGCCGGUGGCAGCGGAGGAGAAUCGAGGAGGAACAAGAAGAAGCAGUCUUUCGUGAAGUGGUCAGUUUUACCCGGGAUCCUCUGCCAGCUAGAUAUUAUGACAAGGACACCACCAAACCCAUCAGCUUUUACUUACCUUCGCUGGAGGAACUCUUGGCGUGGACGCCCGAUGUGGAGGACAGCUUUAAUGUGGCCCUGGAACCCCUCAAGUGUCGGCAGCCCCCUCUGAGCAGCCAGAGGCCCCGGACAUUGUUGUGCCAUGACAUGAUGGGCGGAUACCUGGAUGACAAGUUCAUUCAGGGCUCGGCGGCGCAAAAUCCCUAUUGCUUCUACCACUGGCAGUGUAUUGACAUCUUUGUGUACUUCAGCCAUCACCUGGUGACCAUCCCCCCCGUGGGCUGGACCAAUGCUGCCCACAGGCACGGGGUCUGUGUGCUGGGGACUUUCAUCGCCGAGUGGAAAGAAGGUGGGCGGCUCUGUGAAGCCUUUCUGGCCGGGGACGAGCACUCCUACCAGGCGGUGGCCGAUCAGCUCGUCCUGAUCGCCCAGUUUUUCCGUUUUGAUGGCUGGCUCAUCAACAUCGAGAGCUCUCUGAGUCUGGCCGCCGUGGGGAACGUGCCCCCUUUCCUCCGGUACCUGAGCACGCAGCUCUGUCGGCAGGUCCCGGGGGGCCUGGUGCUCUGGUACGACAGCGUGGUGAGCAGCGGGCAGGUCAAGUGGCAGAAUGAGCUCAAUGAACAGAACCGGAUCUUCUUCGACUCCUGCCACGGCUUCUUCACUAACUACAACUGGCGGGAGGAGCACCUGGACAGAAUGGUAGCGCAGGCCGGCGGGCGCCGGGCCGACGUGUACGUGGGAGUGGACGUGUUCGCCCGGGGCAACGUCGUCGGGGGCCAGUUCGACACCCACAAGUCGCUGGAGCUGAUCCGGAAGCACGGAUUCUCGGCCGCUCUCUUUGCCCCUGGCUGGGUGUACGAGUGUUUGGAGAAGAGGGAUUUCUUCCAGAACCAGGACAAGUUCUGGGGCUUGCUGGGACGCUACCUGCCCCCACACAGCAUCUGCUCUCUGCCCUUUGUCACUUCUUUCUGCCUGGGCAUGGGGACUCGAAGAGUGUGCUACGGCCAGGAGGAGGCGGUGGGGCCCUGGUACCACCCGAGCGCCCAGGAAAUCCAGCCCCUGUUUGCAGAGCACAGGCCGGAAGGGGACGGGCAGGGCUGGGUGAGGACGCACUGCUGCCUGGAGGACGCCUGGAACGGGGGCAGCUCCCUGCUCAUCCGCGGGGUGAUCCCGCCCGAGGUCGCGCACGUGGCUGUGAGCGUCUUUGAGCGGGUGGGGCGGCAGCGCGAACUGGCUGCACAAACCACCCCGGCACCUCCUCGCCUCGCAAAACCGAACCUGGUCCCGCAGAGCAGCUCCCGUCCCCCCGCCCCCCACCCGGCCACCGCCCUGCUCGCCGUUGCCGAGUCCGACCGCUUCUCGUUCCUGUGGAGUCGCAGAACCAAGAUCUUUGGGCUGUUCUCCCUGCACGUCCCGGUGCCCCCCAAAAUUUUCCUGUCCAUGGUGUAUAAGCUGGAAGGGCCUUCGGAUGUUGGGGUGGCGUUGGAGCUCACCACCGGGGACGCGGGCAGCUGUCACGUCGGUGGCAUCUCGACGUUGAGUGCAGAAGCGAGCUCCAGGCACAGCCCCCGCCCCCUCCGGGUGCCCCCCACCAAGCUGGCCAGAUGGAUGGGCCACUGCGGCCAGCAGCUCAGCGGGGGCUGGGUCCAGCGCUGCUACGAGGUGAACCUUCGGGGCUGCGUCCUGCAGGACCUCUGGGUCAGCUUCUCGCGGCCUCCCGGCAGCCGGGAGCAGGAGGCCUUUGUCUGCCGCCUGGGAGAGCUCCAGGUGGUGGAUGCCAACAGCCUGCUCAGCCCUCUGCCCCGGGUGCAGGCCGUCAGUGUCUCCCGGGUGCGCUGGCAGCGGGCCGCCCCCGAGGAGGAGGAGGAGGAGGAGGAGCAGCGCCCGGCCCGGCUCCGGCUCAGCUGUGCUCUGCACUGGUCCUACCCCCUGUCUCACGUCCGAUGCUUCCGCAUCCACUGCUGCAGAGCGACCGGCUCUCCUGCGGAGGGGCCCCCGGGGCCGGAGAAGCCCGCGCUCCUGGGCCUGGCGUUUGUCAACCAGUAUCGCGUAGUGGACCUGGCGGUGGCAGCCGCGGGGCCAGGCACGGACGGCCGCAUGGAGUUCCUGGUGGAGCCCGUCCCCAGGGAGGGAUUUCUGGUGCCGAAGGCCGAGUGGGGCCGGGCGGCCCUGCUCUACUCCGGGCCCCACACGUGAGCGAGCAUUAAAGCAAAGACCCUCCCGGCCUCGAGGCUACGGCUGCUUCUGCGCCGGGGCCCCGCGAAGCGUGCAGAUGACCACAGGCCCCUGGGAGGCUGCGGGCUGGGGCUUUCUUGUGGGGGACAUUGCUAAUCGGAAACCCGAGAGGUCCGUUUGCUGGGUGGGCGAUUUCCUGGGGUGAAGGAGCUCUGUUCCGUCUCCUCUGUGGAAUACGGUUCUGCAAGUGACAGAACUGGGAAAAGUGAGUCCCGUCCGUCCGCGAAGGCCGCUUCCCAAUGGGCCGAGAGACGCUUACGCUCACCAGGCUUGAAGGAGGCAGGUGGUGGCCCCUGAGCAGCCCAGGGGCGAUUCCCAGGGUGAGGGCUGAGGGCGGAGUGGGGGGAGGGUGCUGAGGACUGAGCCCCUGGCCGGGCUGGCACCAGGUCGUACCUGCUCCCGGGCCAGGUGGGCUGCCCCAGUCCAGACCAUCCUGUGUUGCAGCUUUCCCAGUUCGCUGUCCCCGUGAGCUGGGGCCACCUGUGGGGCAUCUCACGGGCCGCGGGUCCUGCUGUGUCUCUCCCGGGUUGUUGGUCCUGGCGAAGCUUGCACGGACGUCGUCCUCUGGGCCCCUGGGGCAGCCCGGGAGGCCCAGGAAGGCCCUCGGCCUGCAGCCCGGCCCCAGCCUGUCCGCGGGCACUCUGGCUGCCCUGUUCCAUCACAUCCGCCUGCCUCGGCCUCUCCCAGGGUGGGCCGCGCUAUGGCCCCUUGAGAAGUGUUAGCAAAGGCCCUUCGGGGACUCUCUUCACUGGGCCCCCUUCCUCUCUUGCCUCCUUCUCUAUCUUCUAGCACCUUCCUUCCCUCUGCCAGUGGCUCUGCAUGGGGAGGAGGGGAGGGGGUGAGGGAGCCAGAGAUGGCUCCUGCAGUCACACAGCUCCCCUGUCGAUCGCUGGGCCACUGUGCUGACUUCCUAGGGGUGGGCUCUCCACCCCGUGGCCUUGCCCGGCUCGUCUCUUGGGCCAGAGCAGUGUCGUCACUCCCGGGGUCUCACCCUGGGGCUGCCCAGGGCCAACGUUGGGGGUCACUUGCCCAUUUCUCUGUCCUCCACCCGUGCUAUGAGAGGUGGAGCGGUCCCAAGGGCCAGACAGUCCCAGCCAGGGGGUCACACCUAAGGGGUGGCCUCGGGUCCAAGGCCAGGGGUCCACGGACUUGGUCUCACGCUGUAGGGAGGAGAGAGGCCACCAGGCGGCAGUACAGCCACACCGCCUCAGCCUGGGGUUCAGAGGGGUGUCGGGGUGGCCUUGGUAAACUCGGCCAGCAGGACAGCAAAGGGGGUCUCCUUCGGGGCUGACGUUUGCCCAGGCACCCACGUGCCCCCUUCCCGGUGAGACAGAGGAACAAAGUUUUACUCUCCGAGUCCCGUGCGUGGCCUACCCAGCUCAGCCCCCGGUGGGGAAUGGGUUUGCCCGGCCGAGGGGGAAGUGCUUCAUGUGGAACAGGAUGGUGCCUCCACUGACCAGCUGGGAAGCGCAGGCCACCCACGACCCCUGGUUGUCCCUGCGGAGCUGGACGGCUCAGCAGACUGGUGGGAAGGACCUGAGCCACUCGGAGCUGCUCACACAAGCGUGUUCGCGGUUUGGAACUAUCCCUGGAGCGCUUUGAGCCUCUCCUGCUUCGUGCCCUGGGGAACCGGGGUGGAGGCUCCUGGCCUGCUCCCUGCGUCCCCAGCGGGGGGAGCCCCGGGUGCCCCGAAGCCGACCGCCUGCUGUGACGUCCAGCUCUUCAUUCACGAGGCCUGUUUGCUUCUUUAAUUGCUGGUUCCCCCAAAUGUUUUAUGCAGAGAAGGAGGGAAAGUUUAUAGCGGCCAUGACCUUCUCACAGUCUGGGGGGGCAGGCGAUUAGAAGCGAGAGACCACGCAACCCCAGCUCCCCGGGAGCUCCGUCCCGGCCUGCAGACAGCAGAGGCUCUGGGCAGGAAACUUAGUAUGUUAGCAUUUCAGCCUGUGCCCCUGUGGUGGGUGUAAUCGCUCUCAAAUAAAUUGUUCUGGGUGAAAA